UUGAGUUGAGACUAACAUAGUUCGGUUCACAGGCUUUGCUCACCAAAUAGUUUCCAUUGGGCUUGUGUUCUUGCAAAAUUUAAUGGAGACAUACUAUUGUGAUUACAUCGAUGUCAAACCUCUUGGAAGCUUUACAACCAUCUUCUUUGCAAAGCAGAAAUUUGGAGAGGUCGAUCCAAAUUUCAUUCGUCAAUUUGGAGAUGAACUUCCUUCACAGUGGAAAAUAAUGGAUUAUCGAUUUGAACAUCAUGUUGUUACAUACAACAAAGAUGAAGUCCAUCCUCUUGUUACAGAUGGAUGGAAAGAUAUGAGGGAUGUGUUUGAUUUACAUCAGAAUGAAGUGAUCGAAUUCGCCUAUCAUGGUCAAGGACUUUUUGGUAUUAUGGCUUCAAGAAGAUUUGAAAGUGAAGAUCAAAUUCCAGAUUAUCACAGUCGAUCUGUUAGUCGUGGUAAUUCUGUGAGGUUUCAAGUUGAACUUACGCGUGAUAAUAUGAGCAAUCCGUACCUAAGCAUAUGGAAUGCUUUUGAGAUUUAUGUCAGAAACUCAAACUUGAAUGUGAUAACUGCUUGUUGUGACAAUGGAACAAAGACUGAAAUGCAAGUUGCAAAGCAAGACAAUCCUUUUUGGAUGACAGCCUUAGGUCCCGGUUGGUUUGGUUUUUGUCGCAAAAAUGGGUUUCGUGCUGGUGAUCAACUAUGCUUUAAUUUUUCGCUUGUUAACUGUGGUAAUAAUGUUGUUAAGAAGAUUUUAAUGAUUGAAGGUGUUGGCUGCAGAGUAAAAUGUAGGUUAUCUAAGUGUAAUUUGGUUUGA